AAGGGUGAAGGGAACUGUGGAGGUUUUUAUUGUGUGCAGUUGGUACUCGGUGAUGCGAAAAUGUCGGUGUUGACGUGGGUAAUGUGGGACGUAGGGGGAAGGUGAUGUCCACGAAAUGUUUGUAAAUGUAUUUACUUUUAGAGAGCAGGGAUGACGUGAGAGUUGGAGUCUGCAGAAGCCUUGCGUGUUAGCUACCGCAUGGCUCUGUUACAAUCAGUAUUUACCGAAUGCGAAGUCGUGUCAAAGUGUAUGUCAACAUUUUAUUAUGCUAGGUAACAGAAGGAAAGACUUCAUAUCACUGAAUUUGCCUAGCGACACAAGAGAAUUUGUGAAAAAUAAGGAAUGGCAGAGGCGGAGUCUGUGGAGGGCAUGGAACCAGCUGUCAAGAUUCCAGAGAAGCCUUCUUUAUGUUCUAGUAUUUGCUGCAGUAUUAGCAAUAAUUUACAUAAUGCUUGACUCAUAUAAAGAAAACAAACUACCUGUGCGAGCAGGAAACAAAAAAGAAGUACCACUCUCAUCAUCACACCAUAUCAUAACAUCUGUACAGUCAACACAUGCCAGAGUAGCUGAAGCUCCAUCAUCCGAUAAAAAACCUGUUGCUGGGCAGUUGGUGUCACCAGAAGAAUAUAAAAAUAUUUUGCAGGAUGAAACAGCUUUUAACCAGAUUAAUUCACCGCCAUUGGAAAGUGUUGUUUUCCCAGAGCCAUCAAAUGAGAGACAGUUGGCUGUAAUAGCAGCAUUUAAACAUGCUUGGAAUGGCUACAAAAGAUUUGCAUGGGGUCAUGAUCAUCUCAGACCAAUAACAGGAGCGUUCCAUGAUUGGUUUUAUUUGGGUCUGACCAUUGUUGAUGGGCUGGACACAAUGUAUAUCAUGGGUCUGAAAGAAGAGUUCGCAGAAGCUAGGAACUGGGUGGCUGAAAAUCUCCAUUUUGAUAUAAACAGAGAUGUGAAUCUCUUUGAAGUCACAAUAAGAGUCUUGGGAAGCCUCCUCAGUACUUACCACCUCUCUGGAGACAAAAUGUUUCUAGACAAAGCUGUAGACUUGGGGACAAGACUAUUACCAUGUUUCUCAACUGAAUCUGGAGUACCAUAUUCUGAUGUCAAUUUAGCUACCCAUAAGGCACAUUCACCCAAAUGGAGUCCUGACAGCAGCACAUCAGAAGUUACAACUAUACAAUUAGAAUUCAGAGAUCUCAGUAGAAGUACAGGUGAUACAAGGUUUGAGGUUUUGGCAUCAAAAGUGUCGCAGCAUGUUCAUGGACUGUCAAAAACGGAAGGGUUGGUUCCAAUCUUUAUAAAUGCCAAUACAGGGCAUUUCAGGGUAUAUGCCCCAAUUACAUUAGGUGCUCGAGGGGACAGUUAUUAUGAAUAUCUUCUUAAGCAGUGGUUGCAGACUGGACGAUCUAUUGACUAUUUACGGGAUGAUUAUCUUGAAGCUAUAGCUGGGGUAAAGAAGCUUCUCACUAGAAGAACUGCUCGUCGAAAAUAUUUAUUUAUUGGCGAACUUUUGGCUGGAGGGAAGGACUUCAAACCAAAGAUGGACCACUUAACAUGCUAUUUGCCAGGUACCUUAGCACUUGGAGUACAUUAUGGCUUGCCUCAGAACCACAUGGAACUCGCAGAAGAACUUCUUAACACAUGUUACCAAACCUAUGCACAACAGCCAACAUUUCUAGCACCAGAAAUAACGUACUUCAAUAUACAGGAUGCUAUUGGAAAUGAUAUGUAUGUAAAGACAAAUGAUGCACAUAACCUGCUGAGACCCGAGUUCCUAGAGAGUUUGUGGUACAUGUAUCAGAUUACAGGAAACCACACUUACCAGGAUUGGGGCUGGCAGAUUUUCCAGGCAUUUGAGAAACAUACAAAAGUAAAAAAUGGGUACACUUCUAUUGGAGAUGUUCGCAAUCCACUUAACACACGUCCAAAAGAUAUGAUGGAAUCUUUCUUCCUAAGUGAAACCCUUAAAUACUUAUAUCUGCUUUUUAGUGAAGAUCGCACUCUUUUAAGUAUAGACAGAUACGUUCUUAAUUCAGAAGCUCAUCCUUUACCAAUUUAUGAGGCAAAUUUUAAGAGUGCAAACUGAAGAUGUAUUUAUAAUGCAUUUGUUAUUCUUAAUCAGUAUUCACAUUAACUUGGAAAUAUGUACAGCAGAAAUUAUGCAGUAUUUAUUGAAAGUGAAUGAUAGUGAAAUAAGUACCAAGUCAUAUUUGCGUCCCAUGAUUGUCAUAGUAAAAGUGCACUCUAGUCAUAUUUUGCAAUACAAUAAUGAAAAUGGUAAUAAACACAGAGAUUAUGGAAGCAGGACAGUUUUUAGAAAAUGGGCAGUUGCCACUCAGUUUUUAAAAUAACAAGGAAAUUGAAAUGUGAUUGACACAGUAUUUAAGUUGGCUAAGUAGAUGUAAUUUCUAAUUAAAUAACAUUCUUAAGGUGCUUUCUACCAUCUUGCUUUAAAUUUAUAAGGAAAAAGGACCAGUUAGAAAAUUAUAUAUUAUGUAAUAGUAAUAUUACAAGGGCUUGUAAUCAAGAAUGGGUACAUUUCUUAACUAUAAAUUUUACAUUGCACUCAUAGGCCUCAUGUACAUAUGAUUCAGUGCUAGAAAGACAAUAGGCAGCAGGCAGAAUUCAGAUAUGUUAUUGUCUCCAAGUUGCCUUUUGGAUUUUGUACUAAUGUUUUUAGUAACAUUUGCUAAUAAUUUGCUUACAUGGAUACUAAGACAUUUUAGGAGAUUGUCGGCUGAUGAAAGCUGAUUAAAAAUAGUUGCCAUUUGUGCCAUUGAAUGUUAGGAAAUGACAACACACAGUGAAUAAAAAUUGAAAAAUUCAUCCAGAUGAUACGACACACAUACACAAUUUAAAGAGAAAUAACUUUUGGCAUAUUAAAAGCUUUUUCCUUAAAUUGCAGACAGUAUUAAAUUUUUAUUUGGAUCCAACAGUAUUUACAUUCAUCAGUCAUUAUUUAUUUUAGUGUUUGUGUUUUGGCUCCAUUACUGUAUUAAGAGAUAAGCAUUAGAUUUUUGUAUAUUGCAAACAUUUCUGUUUCCUAUUAGGCCUACAGUCAUGCAUAUAAUGAAAGUCAGUGGUUUGAGAUACUGUUACUUCAAAGUGUUGUCAGUAUAAAUAUUUACAAAUGUUGAAGAACUAAUUGCUCAAAGUUGAAAUUGUUUUAUUGCUGUAACAAUUUGUAACUGUCAUUCAUAAAUUUGUACCAUGUUGACUUUAUUCACUUCUCUUAUCAUAUUUCACCAUGUUUAAAUACUUGAAGAUUUGCUGUUAACACAAAUAUUGCACCUGAUCUACAUAGGAAUAUGAAUUUGCACUAAAAUACAAAUUCCACAUUAUUAUUCAUCAGUAUUACAGCUGAAAUACUUAUGCAUUGUCAACUGACAUUUUCUUUUAUAUGUCACUGCUUCUUUAUUAUUCAAAGUAUUUUACCAAUGGAAUCCUGUUAUACAGUAAUGUACUGUUUAUGUCAGCAAUAUAAACAAAGGGAGACUUAUAUGAAAUAAGUGGAAAAAUCAGUUUGAAAUUGUCAUGUUAUUGAAGGUAGUUAGAACACUGACAGCUUCAGUACCUGCAAUGAUUUUUCAGCAAAUUAGUUUAAGUAGAUCUUGAGAAUAUUCUGUGAAACAUUGUCCUAUUUUCUCAUUUGGGUACAAACCUCCUUCAUGCAUACAAUGUGUUCAGUGACUUUCAGAACUUGGUACUGGGGACUGUAGUUCAAUAAUUAUCACAGAAAAUUUGUAAUUGUAAUAACACUUCUUGCUGUAUUUCAGUAUUAUAUUUGUUUUUGAAGUACUGCCAAUUUGAACAAGUGUUUUAAAAUCAAUGCAUUUAUCGAAAGAGAUUUGUGUAUGGUAUGUACUGAUAUAGAAACAAAAAUAUGUAAAUGGGAAGAGUAGAUUAACAAUUGCUCAAUUGCAAAAGAAUUUUUGUUAUACAAACUGCACUGCAGGUAUACUAAAGGAGACACACACAAUUCAAAGCUGUAGGUGUGGAAAUUAACAAAUUUGUGUCAGAUGCUUCUCAUUGAUACUGCAGAUCUAGACUGCAUGUGAAGUCUUCUCAUUCAGUCAGGCAUCUAUUCUGACAUGCAGAAAACCAUGAGACUGUUUGAAUAAACUGUAGUUUUAUAUCAAUGUUCUCUGCUUCAGAUGAAAGUUUAUCUGUAUAAAGUUGGUCUGUAAACUUCUGGCAUACAUUAAUAAAUGCCAAAGUAUUAAAUGUUAUCUGUACAAAGUUUUCAUACCUAGGCCGUAAAUGUUUGGAACUCAGCCAAAACUUUUAUUAUGUGUGAAGUACACUUAAGAAGAAGUGGAAUACUAUUAACAUGUUCAAGUUGUAUCACCAGUCCUUGGAUUAUUUCAACUGAAUCUACAUUUCCAAAGCUGCAUACAUUUAUUACCUAUAUUUGUUAAAAACAAUGAGUGGCAAUUUAAACAUAUCUACUUUAUUCUGUGUCAUUCAUGAAAAAGUAUUUUAAAUUGAUGCAGUGUAAGAAAGGUGCCUUGAUUAAGUGACAUGUACUUGUUGACUGAAAUGGUCCAGAAAACAAUUACACAGGCAAUUUUUAUCAGCAGUGUUAAAUGAAUAUUUUAAAAUAUUGAUAUUAUUGUACCUAUUCUGUUAAAUACAUUUGAAUUUUUCUUACAUACCGAAAAAGAAUAAUAUAUCUACACAUUGUUAAUCUCAGUUCAUUACUGAGUUCGCUGUGGGAAAAACAAUUUUUUCCAGUACAAUAGAAGAUUUUUUU